AAUCCCAAUCUCCCACAUGGUAGCUCACUGGCAGGCGGAGGUGUUAUCCACUGCACCACAACAAUUGUUGACCAGUCUAAAAAGCUCCAGCACUGCCUCUGGUGUAGGUGAACAGCCCCUCAGCAGUGAGGCGUGGUCAGUGGUUAGUUACGGUAUAUAUGACAGAAUGUUCGGUGAUUCAGCAACUGUUAGUAAAAGAACAUAAAGCUAGUCAUGCAGAACUCAGCAGCUCAGGGCUGUGCCUUCUUCAUGUGGCUAAUCUUCUUCUGUAACUCCAGGGUGGCAGAGUCAACAGCUCAUCUGGGAUACAGAGGAACAGAUCACACUCUACAGAUUCAGACUGUUAAAACAUCUAUUCUACAGUAUCUAGGGAUGGACAGACCACCAGAGUCCAGAGAGAAGAUUUCCUACCAGAACAUGCUGAGAAUAUUCCAUCAGUAUUCUGACCUGCAGAUGAAGACACAACCUUUUCAAAAGGACUUGAGUCUAUUCCUUCCUGCUACAGUUCAGCCAUUGAAUUCUCAGCAUAGCCAGAAUGAGCUGGUUCACUGGUUCAGAGCUGUAUUCCAAAGGGACGCUCGCAUCACAAAGAAGUUCAUCCUGGAACAAGCACGACUGCAACUUCAGAUAUGGCCUCAACACAACCUCUUUACUCAAAAAAUCUUGAUUAAAAUAGUCCAAAAAGUUCCAACCUCAAGUUCUUCCAGGGAGAAAGACAUUGAAACACAAGUUUUACAUGCAGAAAGCCACACAGUGACACUCGAUGUUACAGCUGCUGUGAAGAAAAUGCUUCUGCAGAUCAAUGAUACUUUAUUGACUGCUGAUAUAGGCAUUUUUACCACAAAUCCAGGGAGACCUGAACCUGCACCUGACCCUCAACUCUAUCUGGAGCUGAAGAUGAAGACGUUGGCAGGGAAAGCGAGAAAAUCUCGGUCGACGAGUGAGAAAAGCCUGGAGGAUGAGAAUCACUGCGGUCGUAAAUCUCUCAGUGUGUCGUUCGAGGAGAUCGGCUGGUCGGACUGGAUUGUAGCUCCUGUUGGAUACACUAUGUUUUUCUGUGAUGGCUCUUGCCCACAUAAUUACAAGCCGGCCAGCAUGCACGCCCAGGUGAAGUCUCGCCUGCAUCGCCUGACCAAGGGAAAAAUCCCCCGGCCCUGCUGUGUUCCAGCUGCCUACGAGCCCAUGAUUCUCAUGCACUACGAUAGUCGAGGAAAGCUGAAGCUUACGGCCUUCGAUGAUCUGAUAGUUAGCAAAUGCAACUGUGCUUAACUAUUUACACCAAAAACCAGCACUGAAAAAUACUUUACUUAUUUAUCUCAGCAGAAAAAACCUCCUAAAGACUUUUUAACAGCUUUUGCUAGUGGCUAGUGGUUGGUUUGGAUGGUUUAACCUGGCCUUUGAUGGUGAUGGUGGAUGAAAAGAUCAUCCUGAUUUUAUAGUCCACCUGGGGAACUAGUUCAAGACUUUAAGACACACUCAUAUAUGCUGUAGGCCUGUCACUAUAAUUACAUUAUUGCUUAAUGUUGAAUAACUGUUGAUGUCCUAAAUUUUAACCAUUUUUUUUGUUAGCAAGAGGAGCCCAGUAACGAUCAUGUACCGGUAAAUGUGUUUAAAUAGAAUUGUUUUUUUAUCUUUAUUUAAGUAUUUUUGUAUUCUAUUUCAGUAUCUGAUUAAUAAAUUAAGAAUUUUAAAGGUUAAUUCUUCCUAGAGGGGUGUACUUAUUUAUACUUACUUAUAUAU